AUGAAUCACAAUUCGGGGAAAAACACCGAUCCGAGUACGGAGCGAAGUGAUAACUCGGUGGGGGACUACAUACAUGGAAGGGGGAUUCCCAGCGGGGACUACAUUCAUGAGGGGCAAGACCAAAAUGCGGAGGGAGUGGGUAUCACAGAAUUGUCUGAAAACGAAUUCACGGGCGCGCAGUACAUUCCAGAAUUGCAUGGGUUGGGCAGACCGAGACAAGCCUUGCCCUUCGAGGUAAACGAAAUGAGAAUUCCAGGACAGGUAUCCCCUUACCACAUGCCACAAGAUGAUACCUCCUCAGAGAAGGAAACAUUAUAUGAUGAAAAUGGAUUACCAAUACGGACAAAUUCGAAUGAACAAGAGAGUGACAAAAAAUUGUGGUCAUGGACAAAUGAUGGAAAAUUAAAACUUUUAUGUUCUCAACCGAUAAUCCCAGUAUCUGUUGUUCAAGGAAUACUAAGGAGAGACAAAAUUAUUUUAAUACCACAAGUAGAAGUAACUGAUUUUGUUGUGCCCAAAAUAUACAAUCAAAAUAUAAAACAUGAUGUACCCAAGUUGGAUUUAAAAGUGAAGUGCUCUAAUGUUGAAAUACCAAAUGUCAAGUACGUAGAGAAGGAAAUAAUAAUUCCAAUCAUCACAGGGUAUACACAUAAAUUCAUCCCCAAGUGGGAUGUCCACGAAGUUCCUAGGCCGGUUGUUAAAUAUAUAGGAGAGCAAAAAAUAGUGGAGGUAGAAGUACCCGAAAUUAAGUAUAUUGAUAAAAUUGUAGAAAGAGAAGUAGUGGUAGAUACCGUCCAAAAAAGGGUUCCUAAAAUUAUCGAAGUUCCAAAAUAUGUGGAUGAAGUUAAAUAUGUCUGGAAGCCUAUUGAAAAAAUUGUAUACAUACAAAAGCUGGUCCCCAAAUUUGAUGUCAAUUUGGAAUGCCCUCCACCUUUAAUCGUUCCCUACCCAGUACAAACGGUCAAGCAAAUACCACCUGUGAUGAUCAGAAAAGAUGUGAAAUUUCCAGAUUGUGAUUACACGGAUUUCAAUUCUCCUUCCGGGUCGUUGCCUGUCCCUAGAGAGUACGUCGAUUAUUAUACUUCUAGGCAGAAACCCCCGAAGGGUAUUUUCUCCAACUGCUGCGAAUCCAACUGUAAGAAUGGGGAAAAUCAUGAUGAGACCUACUACGAUGUGUCGCGCAAUUGUGCCAUGGGGGGUUCUGAAGAGUCUAUUCAGAAUGAACUAAAUAUUUGUAAUUCCUCCAACCCGUUUGUCAAUACUAGCGUCGAUUCGAUUUUAAAUAAGGGGAGUUCAAAGCUCCCCCUUGACGCGGACAUCAAUGCCAGCGUAAGUGUGAUGACAUGA